AUGCCACCUGUGCUAGAUAAUAUUCAACAAUCAUUUAAUCGUAAAUAUACAUUCUCUCCACCUGAUCAAUGGUUAAAAUUAUGUUUGGAUUGGUUAAAAUCGGAAUAUCAGUUUGCAACAUUAACAAAUGAUUAUUGUCUUGAACGAAUUUAUGAACAAUGGUUACAUAGUGAUUUAAAUUUGAUACAAGGAAUGAAAUCGUUACCGGAUACAUGUUUACAAGAUGAUCAAAAGAUACUAUUAUCAGGAAAAUACCCAUUACAAAUAAACAAAGUUCUAUGUAUAUCGGAUUCUUAUUAUACACAAUUAUUAGAUAUUCAAGGUAAAGAUCAAGAAAAUGCUAGAGUUAAUGCUGAUGCUGUUGGAGAUACACAAUGGAAGCCACCUCCAGCAAAACGUAUGCUUUGGUUUGAAUUAACAGACGGUGUAAUUAGAAUAAAUGGAAUGGAAUAUGAAACCAUUCAAAACUUGGAUCGAAAUAUAAAACCAGGAACAAAGAUUCUCGUUUCUGGUCCGGUCACAUGUCGUCGUGGUGGUAUAUUUUUAACAAAUAAAAAUACAAAAAUACUCGGUGGUUAUGUCGAACAGUUAUUAAUUACGAAUUCAAAUACACAAUCAUCUCUAGAUCGUCUAACUGUCUCACAAAUACAGCCCGUGUCAUCAUCUACGAGGUCAAUCGUUCAAACAACUAAUCAUAAUCCAUCUUCAUUUGACGAUGAUGAUAUUGAUGACGAUGUAUUAUUAGCUAUUGCUAAUAGUACAGAUUUUUCAUCUUCAGGACAGAAUCACACAACAUCAACCAUACCUUAUACAUUAGAGACGAAUAGAACAACUACAAUGGUCCACACAGCUACAGCAGUAUCAUCUCUGAAUAAUCAUUCAUUUGAAAUGCCAGAUGCAAGACAAACAACUGUAACAGUGCCAUCUCAAGUAUUGAAUGAAGAAAUGUAUAUGGAUUACAGUAGUUUUCUUGAUAAUGAUGAUGAUUUUUUUCCACAACAACAGCGACAAAUAGUGACAGAAGCCAAAGUUGCUAAUAUCAUUGAAAUAACUGAAGAUGAUUCGAAUGAGCAAAUAGCACCAAAAAGGCGGCGGCGUAUAGUGUCUGACGAAGCUUGUUCACCUCCAUCACUUCAAACAACAACGACAAACUCUAUAAGUAUUCGAACAACUACAACAAUAAAACCAGCCUACAAAUAUCCUUAUACUUAUUUAUCUCUAAUUGAAAAAGAAUUACGUUCAUCUAUUACAGUAGAAAUGGAUUAUCAAGUCAAAGCUUAUGUUUCAACAUUGUUAGAUAAUCCAACAAUUAAAAAUGGUGACUGGUUUUUUAAAGCGUGUAUAAAUGACGGUAGUCAAUGUCAAAUUGUUCAAUUACAUCCGAAUAUUAUUAAUGAAAAAUUAGGUUUAAAUGGUAGAGAAUUUACAUUAAAACGAAAAGAAUUAAAAACAAAACCACAGCAAGAAAAUGAAUUUAAACUUAUUUACAAUCAAAAAUUAAAAGAUUUUACUAAAUGGCUAUCAAAUUGUUAUGCUAUUCUAACAUUGAGAUUUCAGCAAGGAAAUGAUGAACAAACACCUAUUGUGAUGAAAAUUGAUUCUAUCUAA